AUGAACGGUCAGGAAGCUUUCCGACGACUGGCAAAACAACUCAAGGCCACAAGCGGGGGUCCUAUUCCUGGCGGAAAGGGGUUUUUUGCAGGGAGUGGCCUGCUCGUUGCACUUGUUGGAGGUGGACUUAUCUUGAAUGCCAGCUUGUUUAACGUCGAUGGUGGUCACCGUGCUAUCAAAUACACCAGGUUACAUGGCAUCAAAGAUGACAUAUAUAACGAGGGGACCCAUUUGGUGGUACCUUGGUUUGAAACACCCAUCAUUUUCGACAUCCGCGCUAAGCCAAGAAACGUCGCCAGUUUGACUGGAACAAAAGAUUUGCAGAUGGUCAACAUCACAUGUCGUGUCCUCUCUAGACCGUCGAUUCAAGGCCUCCCUACGAUUUUCCGCGAACUGGGCAAGGAUUACGAUGAACGAGUUUUGCCAUCCAUUGUAAAUGAGGUUCUGAAAAGUGUAGUGGCGCAAUUCAAUGCUAGUCAGCUUAUCACUCAGCGGGAGCAUGUGUCACGGCUUGUGCGAGAGAACUUGACGGAGCGUGCCCUGAAAUUUAACCUCGUUCUCGACGAUGUUUCUAUUACUCAUGUGGCUUUCUCUCCUGAGUUCACGCAUGCCGUUGAGGCCAAACAGGUCGCACAACAAACGGCAUUUCGUGCUGCGUUCCUGGUUGAUCAAGCAAUUCAGGAAAAACAGUCUAUCAUUGUGAGGGCACAAGGUGAGGCAAAGAGCGCUGAGCUUGUUGGAGAGGCGCUCCGCAAGAACAAGGGUUUCCUUGAGCUUCGUCGCCUGGAGGCUGCUCGUGAUAUUGCUACCAUUCUGGCUGGGUCUGGUAAUAAGGUCAUGCUAGAUUCGCAAAGCUUGCUCCUUAAUGGUGCGUCUAUCUCUGACAAAAAAAAUUGUAUAUGA